UUCUGUUGAAACACUUUCAUAAUAAGGAUUCGAUCCAUUUUAAUGCAUUCCUCUCUAAUGUUCAAGAAGAAGGAAUUAUUUUAUAUUUGUCAUUAUUCCAACUUUCAAGUAAAAGUAAACAUUUCACAACUUUUCAUAUGUCAUAAACGCAGAAACCUAUUGACAUUAUAGUACAAAUGGAUUGCGCGUGGCUCAGAGAGUGUGUCAUAGAAUAAUAUAAUGGAGUGUGCCAACAACUGAGGUAAUUUCUUGGGUCAGUUUCAACAUGGCGAUUGUCGAGACGCAGCUGUCGAGCUGUCACUGACCUUUAUUUACUUAUCAAGUGUGUCGAAAAUAUUUAACAACAUGCCCGCGCAACGUUGUUGUUUCAUUUGUGGUUUAGUGAAAUGUGUGGACCCUGUUUCGUUUCACAGGUUUCCUAAAGAUCCAGAAAAAAUAAAAACAUGGACGAACUUUUUCAAUUUACCAUCUGAUUCUGCGAAGAAUUACAAUACGGAACAUAUCCGUAUAUGUAGUAGGCACUUCCAAACUGCAGAUUUCAUUGAAUGCAAAAAUUCACAAAAAAAACUUCUUCGUCCCAAUGCCGUUCCUUCAAUAAAACUUGACAUCAAUGAAACAGUACGAAAGCGAUUUCGCCUCGCAAAAUCGCCAAAGGUACGAAAACAAAAACAGCGAAAGAACGAUGAUAACGAUAAAAAUGAAAGUACUGGUAAUAAUCCAGUCAACAAUGAAGGUCAAGGACAACAGAUGGUAUACAAGACGAGCUGCCCAAAAACUUGUGUGGUGUGUCGAUUUCAGAGCCACUUGUCACAGUCAUAUUUCAGAUUUCCGAAAGACAACAGGCGCUCACAGUGGCUAGCAGCUUGCAAUAUUAACUCUGUCACCGAUGAAAUGCGACUUUGCAGCCGUCAUUUUGCAGACGACUGUUUUGUACGCACACCUGGAUCAUCUAAACGAGCGGCCUUAAGAAGCACAGCUAUGCCAACUUUAUUUUUACCAAAAUCAUCUGAAACAAUUGCACAGGAUGUUGAAAUUCAAGACAGAGCAAAUGGAAACGCAUCAGCUAAUUUUUAUGUUUCAACUAUGACCAAGAUUUGUGACAAAAUCAACGUAUUGCGGUCAGAAGCAGAUAAUACUGACAUAACAAAUACGCAAGGCAAUGCUAUUGAAGUAGAGAAUUUAGAGGAUCCACUUCCUGAAAUUAUCUCUGUGUCAACAGCUGGAGCUAUCUGUGCUGAAGUUUUACAGACUGAAGUAAAUAAAGCAGAAGUUACACCUCAUACUGAAAAGAACGUUACAGGACUGUUGGUCGAAAUGAAACGACAACCAACUACAAGAAAACGAAAAUUACCAAAAAAUAAAUCUGGCAAAGUUUACAGACUACCAAUACGACAAAAAAUUUUUAGAUCAUCCACUUCUAAAUCGGUACGGACGCAAACAGAAGUAUUUAUGGAUUGGAAGAAAUUUUUAACAAUGGCACAUUUAGAUCGAUACUCAAUGAACAUCAUGUUUGGAUUACCAAGUCUAUACAAAAUUGUAAAAUUUUUGAAAAUGUGGGGUAUAAAUGAGACUAUUAUGAAAAUUCCUGAUCAAUUAAUUUUAACUAUUUGGAAAUAUCGUUUUAAUUUAAAUUUAAAUUCCUAUUCAUAUAUGUUUUCAUAUAAUGAGAAAACUGCGUUAAGUUCGGAUAUAUUAAACGAUUGUUUUCAUAUUGGAACUGAAAGUUUAUAUAGAUAUGUCCAAGAAUUCGAAGAAAGGAAUAUUCAAGAGUUAGGCCGUUUAAUGUCACGACGAAUAUAUUUAGAUGUGUUUGAAAUCCCUGUAGUGUCACACUUAACUUUUGACCAAAUGAACUAUUCUACGCAAAGAGGCACAACUACAUUUAAGACAAUUGUUCUAUUUGUUGGAAAUUUACAAUAUUUCUAUGUAUCCGAUUUAUAUGGGGGUUCGACAAAAAUUUCACAUAUUAUUAAAACGUCACAAAUUGGAAAUGUAGUUAGACCUGAUGAUUAUAUAAUAUAUUCGAAAAAAAUUACAGAAUCAGAGGCAUCAUUGAUUAAUGCGAAUAUUGUAGAUAGUUUUCCUGAUGACCGAAAAAUGUUAUUUUCUACAAUUGAAAUGAGACUUCGAAAACAAUUUAAAAUUUUGAAUGAGAGUUUACCCAUUCAUUAUUGGCCUAUCGCUAAUCAAAUAUUUCAUAAUUGUGUGUCGCUAUUUAAUAUGAGUUUAAAAGGUACCGUCGUAACGCAAAAGUAAUUAUUCAUAUUAAAAUCACAAUACUGGUAAUACAAUGAAUUUUUCUUCAGUAACGAAUAUAAAAAUUAUCAACUGUGGUGUGGAAGGAGCUUAGUCUUUAUAUCGGCCGUGUAAACUUUCUAAUAAAUUUUCUUAUCGUAUAGAAAUUUCCCCAGUCGUUGUAUAGUCAAAAUCAGUUAGGUCUUUGUUCUAGUUUUGUUUAAAUGGAGAUACUCUCAUGUGUCAAAAUGCAAAGUUGAAUUUGGCUGAUUUUUUAUACGUUUAUUUGGCCGCAAUCUGCCGUGGUGGAAAUAUCUGUUUUAAAAGAAUAUGUUUAUGAAGUGGUGUUCGUAAAAAUAUGGACAAAGACAUAAAAAAAAAAUCAUUUUUGACUGAAAUCAUUUUUCCAUUUCGUUUCGAAGAG